CGGUCAGUGUCGCGCCGCGUCUUUCGUUUUUCGUUCUCCUCCUCCUCCCCACUAUCCGGAGUUUCUGCUCGCUGUCUUCUUGUUUAUAAUUCUACACUGCCCGUCCGGUCCGCGACCAGCGCACCAUCAGUAUCUAAUCCAACUCGUGUUACACACGUUGCCCUCACCUUCCUUUGCCCAACAAUAACGUGUCUGGCCCCGCGUAUCACCCAUGCAUCGCUUCAGGAAACGGUCCGACGCGAAGCGUCAGCAAGUCAGUCUGGAGGUCCAUCUCGCCCAGAUUCGCGAGCAGCACGACGGGCGCCUCAGCCCGGGCGCGCUCCCCCAGCUGCCGCAAUUGCCCCCGGAGAGUGACUUCCGCACGUCGUUGAUACUUCCAGAUCUCUCACGGCGCUUCACCCUCCUGCGCGAGUCCAUCGACGCCGAGGAGCUGCGGUCACGGUUCGCGGAGCAGCGCGCGCGCAACGCGGAAUUCCAGGUCUCCCCGGAAGAGGAGGACAUGAUCUUGGAGACGCUGGGUCGGAUACGCUCGCCCAAGCGGAAGACGAAUCAGGGCUCUAACGACCACGACAUGUCCACGUCUAUGUCCAUGAGUGACGACGGCCGCUUCUCCCAGUUCUCGGGCUUCACCCCCUCCAUUACGUCCACGCCCCAGAAGGUCCCUUCCAGCUCGACACUAGGAUCAGAAUUCUCAAAUAAUGCGGAACAAGGCUCGGCCCUCAGCAACGGCACACACUCCUCACCCAGCACGCCUCGAUCGGUCAAGCGCUACAGCAACAAUUUCUUCGGCUCGAACAAGUUCAAGGACUAUUCCUACAUCCGGGAGACGCAGCGAGCACGCCUUAAUUCGCAGGAUAGCUCGACGAGUGCCCGUCGACCCAACCGUACCGGUCAAACCCUUACUGUCACUCGAGAUGAAGACCCAUUUCUGGCAGGCCCACGGUCGGCGCCUCCCUAUACCUCUACGCAGUAUGAUCAACCUACGAAGGCUACCCUACGGCUUGGCAAGCGCGCAUCUAUCGCACUCCAAGCGGUCAUCAAGGAGAUUGAGGAGGAGGGCGGCCUGGAGGACGAAGACUUGACGUCGAACGGCCGCGAGGGCGACCGUGGGGACGAAGAAGACCACGGUUACGAGAUGGAGGUGCACAUUCGCGAUGAACUGGACGGUCACGUGGUGCUGGGGGAAGAAGCCAUGGGCAACGCGGAGGCGUCUUCGCGCCAGGCUGCAAGCGAGGCAGAGGACGGCGACGAGAUUGUGAUUAUGCCCCGGGUUAAGAUGAAUCCUUCCCAAGAACAGUCACCAGCAUCGUCAGACACGGAAGAGGACCGCAGAAUGAGCGUACCCAUCCCUAUGGCUAUCCUUCCCGACGUCGGCGACACAAAUGAUCAUUCCACGGAGUCCAUUGCCAUCGCGGACGUCCCGCCGCAAGCGCAACACCCCACCACGGCCCGUGCGUCGCCUAUCCCGUCUCAAGUGACCCCCGGCUAUAUUCCUGGCAUGCCGCGCCCAAUGACGCCCCGGGAUGACUUCGACGAACGCUCACAUUCGACGACGCCCCGGGCAACCUCUCCCUCCCACGCACACACUCAUUCAUCGUCGUUCAGCAUGACAUCGCCGACGUCAUCAUUUGCGGCGGGAGGGCAGAGUGCGUUCAAUAUGUCUUCGUCCUUCAACGGCUCGAGCAGCCUCGCGACGAGUCUGCUACGCCGCGAAAUGUCCAGCCGUGGCUCCAACACGUCGCGGUCUGGCUCGCCGAUGUUCCAGCGCGGGAAUGAAGGGCAAGAAAAUGGGACGCAGCACUCUGCGAGCCCGAGCUACUCCUCGACGUACUCCACGACGAGCUGGCGGCGACCCGCUUCACCAUUGUCCGCCCAGGCAUUCCAACCUUUCAGCACGGCAGUCUCCGCGCCCGAUCUCUCGAGAACACCCCGUCCUUCCGAUGAGCCAUCUCCUCCACGGCAAAGCACCAACUCCUCCCGCCCAGGCACCCCUUCCUCCUUCUCGCACAAUGCAAAGAACGUCUGGGCGCAUCACCGCGACGCGAGCUGGACGACGAGCGAAGAGGCCCACGCGCAGCAAAAUGGUUCCGCGGGUGAUCACAACCCAUCGGCUUCGACCCGAUCACUCCGAUCACCCGCCUUGCCCGACUCGCCUCUCAUCGAAGCCAUCCACUCCUUGCACGCCGUCACCCAAAGCAUGGGAAGUGCGUCGGGGCCGCUCGACUCGCGGCCAAUGUCGCCCAUGAGCCUCGGCGGCGGUGCCCCGGCGCACUCACCCAGUGCCUCGCUCGCCUUUGACUCGCCGUCCAAACGGUCCUCGCGCCAGAAUCACCCGAACAAUCCGUAUGCGAAUGGUUUCUUCUCGCCGAUCGCUGGAUCGUCGCGGUCGUCGCUCGAAUCCUCCGGCUCGAGCUAUCACUCGUCGGAGUGCGAUGGGAGGGACAGGGUGUGGGAGGUCUUUGGGGAUGCGGACGAGGCGCGCGAGCCAAAGUGGCACGACCUGCCUCCACCGACGGGAGCCGACUCGGAGAACGACGAGGCGGUCAUCAAGCGUACUGCUGGGCUGACAAAGUCGGACUUGGCGAAGAUUCAGGAGAAGCUGGUGGAUGCGUCUAUCGUUAGGCAAGCGAGCGUACCGGACCACAGGGAGCGCGCAGCGUCACUCAGGAGAAGGAGACCAUCUACGUCCCAGUCGAACUACUCGUACAAGGACAUAACUCGGGCCGCGGCAUCUUCAAGUCCACCUCAGUCUCCCACCAUCGCUGCUCAACGUCCCAGUGACGAUGGCCCUGACUAUGAAGCCAACGCUCGCGCUAACGCUCUGCUCAACUCGGUCGUCGACAGCAUCAGGACCACAGGACCCAUGUCACCCCCACCAUCCUCUCCUCCGCCGGCCCCGCCUGCUACUCCUGCAGCACCAGCGAUGCCGUCAAACGCACCGCGUAAAGAAGCCCCUCCUUCCUUAACAAUACCCUCCAUCGGCAACUCGCGCGACGUCUCCCCUGCCACCCGUCGCAACCGCGACCUUGCUCAGCUCAUCUUUGGCGAGGGCGAAGGGCCUGCUGAGCAGGAUACAUCCCAGCAGAUCACUAUACCUCCUCAGCCUCAGCAGAGCGAGACGAGCCCCGUCGCGGAGACGCCGGCUACCUUCCCGAUGCUGUCGCCGAAGGAACACCCACCUACGACGCCGCUUACUGCUGGUGGUCCGUACAGACUCAGGAACCCGUCUACUCCUCGCAUACCUCGGACGCCCGAAGAGGAGGCAGAGCUCACUCGCGAGGUGCAGCGCCGAGCAGAUGCGGCCACGGCUGCUUUGCGCAAAUCGCCGUCUGCCACGAACCUGAACGAAAACGUGCAGAAUGCUCCUCCGGCUGGGCAGGCAUCGCGCAAGCGGAUCAGCCCUCACCAGAUCUCUACGCCAAAGCUCGUGUCGGCUUCCACGAGCGUGGAUGCGAUUGCACUUCAGCCUGCAGGGAAUCAGGGAAGCACGUCAAAGUUUGGAUCGAGGCUCAAGAGGUUGCGCGGUACCUUGCGAGGCAAAACUCAUGCCGUUCCGACUGGCGAAGAGGUUACACCCUUCACCUUGGGGGCUCCCUCCGUGCCAUCACCUACCCCGCCACCUCCGACAUUCCGCGUGGACCCGUCGCCACCUCAGUCGCAGGUGCAUACGCCGUCAGAAAGCACGCAUGAGAUUCCGACUGGCGCGACUGGACUUUCGAAGUCGUCGUCAGGUCGCGGAUCUGGCUUCAAGGGUUUGUUUAUGUCUCGUCUCAGGAGCAAGUCGCGCGCUGGAGAGCUCACACCCGAGCUAGAGCGCAAGGAACCUCAACAAGCGACAGGUGGUCACACCGCGACCGCAUCCAUGUCUGCGAUGUCUGCCUUGUACUUUGGUGACAACCGUGAACGGGAGAACACGUACAGCCAGCCCAUGCUUAGCGCGCCGCUGCUUUCGAGACCAUACGCCGCCGAACAGGAGAAUGGUCCUCCGUCGUCGAACGAGCCAUCGUCCUCUGAGCCUGACCAGGAUGGGCGUGGGUCGGAUGCCCAGGCACUGAGGCAACUCUUCGAUGCGGCAUCCAACCUGGGGCUUGACCCCGACGCUCUGGGCGAGUUGUUGAAGCGAUCUGGCUCAACCUCGACAAAGGCACCGUCCAAGUGGGGGUCGAUGUCGCGCAGCAACUCCGUAUCGACGACUGCGUACGAGUCGAGGCCGAGCACGACGAUAGAAUCUCGCUCCAUCCCAGAGAUUGCACGGGACUCGCCUCUGCCCGAGGAGCCGCCAUCUAUGUCCUCGAUGCCAGAGCCAAGUAUGCGCCGGAGUGCGUCGCGCAAGCGGGGCCAGCCUCGUCCGAGCGGCGAAGAGCGCAAGAGUGUCGUGCGACGCACCAUUUUCUUCCCAUCCAACACGCGUAUGUCGAACUUCGAUCCGAUGUCGCUCUUGAAGGCGCCGACGCCGAAAGGCCGCAAGCGUGCGAGUACGUCGUCGGUUCUGUCGACGCGCUCUGUGCAGGAUCGUGCGCCGACGCCGCCGCCUGCGCGAGCAUCUAUGGGAGGACGCCACAACUCUGUGGACGUGCCGCCUCCCGUACCGACGAUCCCCUCAUCUCUGUCGUCGCCGGCGCAGGAUAGCUUCAUCCUCCCGGUUCCUCCUCCUCGGCCGAGUAUGUCGGCUGACAAUUCCAACUCGGAAGGAUACGACUCAUUCUACGAUAUGUACUCGAGCGAGCAGCAACGCCGCGGACCAUCCCUUGAUUCUGCUACCGGCCCUGCUGUUGAGGUGGUUGAGUUUGCAGACGGCGAGAUGAUUUGGAACAUCGUUGACGGUCUUCGUGACGAUGAUCGCGACUCCACUUACAAUGUUCGCGCCAGCUUCGCCUCCGAAUACUCCGUCGGCGGCGAUAGCAUGCAGGUCACAUUCAAGGACCGCUCGCAAGGCGGCAAGCGCCUGUCCCUGAGGAACAGCACCUUCGGCUCCUCCCUAAAGCCCCCUUCCGCGCCCGCGGGCUCCGCGAGCCGCCCGGAGACCAAGGUCUUUUACUCUUCGACCGCGCAGAUUGGCCGCCUGAUCGAGCAGCUGGCCAACUCCGGCUCCGAGGCAGGGGCUUUCAACUUCAGGCAAAAUCCGAACUCGCAGUCGCAGUCUUCGUCGUUCGUGUCCUCUACUGAUUCCAACUGGACGGUCGAGGAUCGUCUUGAACAUAUGAUUUCGUCGAUGAGGCCUGUCUAAACAGGGUCAUCGAGCCGUCUUUCCUCUCAUACUCUCUCAUCUAUGGACUCUUAACUAGGUCCAGUCACCAUAUAUCUGCCGCACCCCUAUGAUAUCCAUCCUCCUUGUUUUGCCUUUCCUGUUGGUAUCUGCAAUGUGUCAACCGCGUUUAACAGCUCCGAACCUCGUCGUCGCUGAUCCUCGUUCUCUCCGUUCGUUGUCCGUAACAUAAGUACUUGCGCUACAUAAUGCUUGUAAAGAUACACUGCUUCUCAUGGUACUACUUAGUGCACCGUUUUCAGAGUCCUGCGUUUCGCAAUUAUACAUGUUGAAACGACGUCGAGGUGCCGAAUGCAUGUGUAUCUAUCCAGCGGUUCAGGCAGAGAGUGACAAUGACCUCCGUGAGGAAGGCGUCAUGGUCGAACAGAUACUCAAGCAGUCCGUGUGAAGGCCCGACGCUGGUGGUCACUACGAGGCGCCGGUAGCUUGCAAUCAGAGAU